UGGUUCGAUGACAGGGCCUGGUACCCACUGGGCAGGAUAGUGGGGGGCACGGUUUACCCAGGUCUGAUGGUAACAGCUGGUCUCAUCCACUAUGUUCUAAACCUGCUCCACAUCACGGUGCACAUCAGAGACGUGUGUGUGUUCCUGGCGCCCGUCUUCAGCGGCCUCACGUCCAUCUCCACCUUCCUGCUGACCCGCGAGCUCUGGAACCAGGGGGCAGGGCUUCUGGCGGCGUGCUUCAUCGCUAUUGUCCCCGGUUACAUCUCCCGCUCCGUGGCGGGCUCCUUCGACAAUGAGGGCAUCGCCAUCUUUGCCCUCCAGUUUACCUACUAUCUAUGGGUGAAAUCAGUGAAGACUGGGUCAGUGUUCUGGGCCAUAGGCUGCUGCCUCUCAUACUUCUACAUGGUGUCUGCAUGGGGAGGCUACGUCUUCAUCAUCAACCUGAUCCCUCUCCAUGUGUUUGUCCUGCUGCUAAUGCAGCGAUACAGCAGACGAGUCUACAUCGCUUACAGUACGUUCUACAUCGUUGGUCUGGUGCUCUCCAUGCAGAUCCCCUUUGUGGGGUUCCAGCCAAUCAGGACCAGCGAACACAUGGCUGCAGCAGGUGUGUUUGCGUUGCUCCAGGCCUAUGCCUUCCUCCAGUACCUGAAAGACAGACUGACCAGACAGGAGUUCCAGACCCUGUUCUUCCUCGGGGUCUCUCUGGCUGCUGGGGCAGUCUUCCUCACUGUUAUAUACCUGACUUAUACAGGACACAUCGCUCCUUGGAGUGGUCGAUUCUAUUCACUGUGGGAUACAGGGUAUGCUAAGAUCCACAUCCCCAUCAUAGCGUCUGUGUCGGAGCACCAGCCCACCACCUGGGUCUCGUUCUUCUUCGACCUCCACAUCCUGGUCUGUACCUUUCCUGCUGGACUCUGGUUCUGCAUCAAGAACAUCAACGACGAGAGAGUCUUCGUGGCCCUGUAUGCCAUCAGUGCUGUCUACUUUGCUGGAGUGAUGGUCCGUCUGAUGCUGACCCUGACCCCUGUAGUGUGUAUGCUGUCAGCUAUAGCCUUCUCCAGCGUGUUUGAACACUACCUAGGGGACGACAUGAAGAGGGAGAGCCCUCCCAUAGAGGACAGUAGUGAUGAGGACGACAAGAGGAACUCUGGAAACCUCUAUGAUAAGGCAGGGAAGGUCCGUAAGCACGUCUCAGAGCAGGAGAAGACAGAGGAAGGUCUGGGGCCCAACAUUAAGAGUAUCGUCACCAUGUUGAUGUUGAUGCUGCUCAUGAUGUUCGCUGUCCACUGCACCUGGGUUACUAGUAACGCCUACUCCAGCCCUAGUGUGGUGCUGGCCUCUUAUAACAACGAUGGGUCGAGGAAUAUUCUAGAUGAUUUCCGCGAGGCCUACUAUUGGCUAAGGCAGAACACAGAGGAGCAGGCCAGAGUGAUGUCGUGGUGGGACUAUGGCUAUCAGAUAGCAGGGAUGGCCAAUCGGACCACGCUAGUGGACAACAACACCUGGAACAACAGUCAUAUAGCACUGGUGGGCAAGGCCAUGUCGUCCCAAUGAGAGUGCAGCGUAUGAGAUCAUGAGGUCUUUGGACGUGACUAUGUGCUUAUU